AUGGAGAGGGCGGGCCGGCGAGUGAAGGCGGGCUCGCUGAGCGGUUUGUCGGGCAACGCUACUGGUAGCGCUGCUAGCGUGCGGCGGCAGCGAUCGCUCGAGUGGGGUGGUGACCGCUACAGUAGCAGCGACGAUGACCGUCCACCGCAGCCGCCACCGCUAGCGGAUCGCGUGUUCGCGUCACUACUCGCUCAAGCCACUCAACAGUUUGAUGAUACGCAAUAUGUCAGCCACAUUAGUUUCAUAUUUGACGGACGAGCUGUUGCGGUGAGGCUUGGCGGGAUCAACUUAGAAUUUGUUAUUCAUUCAGCGACACGGUCGAAGGUCCGCUCUGGGUUCUAA